CAUUGUUCCUCAAAACUAAAUCCCACAGCUUCUGAAACAGUAAGAUCUUAAAAAUAAAAAAAGAAAUAGAUUCCAACCAACACGACUCGGAGGUAUUCUCACCUUUGGUGCAUCUAAGAACAUCACGAUGAACAGAUUUCUGUGGAGCUGUGCUGCAUUAUUGACUCUGUUUAUUACAGUUGAGGCCCUCUCCUGUUACACCUGUGACGGGGAGAUCCUCGGCUACUGCCUCUGUUCGGCUGCUGUAAACUGCACCGAAGAUCAGGAUAGAUGCUUCGUCGCAGUUGCCAAGUUUAGUUCCCACGUGUCGGAUAUCCAUGAACGAGGCUGCACAGAUCAAUCCGGCUGUGAAGGCAGUAAUGGGACCAUCCUGACGGUGAACUACACCAUCACCAGGACCUGCUGCAACAGCAGCCUGUGUAACGGAGCCGCCUCCAUCCAGCUGCCUCUCACUGCAGCUCUGGCUGCUGCUCUGGUGGCAGUUUGGAGCCAGUGGGGCCUUUAAAGAAGAAUAUAGGAUGCUGCACAUUUUCCUUUAAAAAAAGCCAUCACUUUUUUGUUCUUUAAUUUCUUGAAUAUGCUUUAAAUAAGUGUCCCUAUGAUAGAUAAUGGAGGGAUACUGUCUGCAUGAUAUGACUCUUUACAUGUGCAUCAUGUGACUAACAUUAUAGGUCUGCAUUUACUGUAUGAGCAAUUUGUAGCUGCACUAUAUCAGGACUGAAUAGCUUUUCUAUGUAAUUCUCAUAUAUUUUAACACUCAUUAAUGUCAUAAUGUAUUUUAAAACCUUCCCAGAUCACUGGAAUACUCAUAUUGUGUUGAAGGCAAUUAAAGGCAACUAAAUCGCAGUUUGAUUAUUGCAACAAUAAAUUAUUUCCAUUUGUGUU